AUGUCCGCUGUUUGGCCAGGCUACUAUACCACCCACAAAAUACCCAUGGAGUGGAUCUAUGACCAAAAGGUCUUUACAGAUGCCCUCACAGAGAUUUACGGAUCGAAUUACAUGUUGACUCGGGGAGCUGCCCUUAUGGUCGUGGACACAACACAGAGAGAACCCGAGAAGCUGAAGCAGAAGCUAGUCAACGAUGACAUAAUUCGGGAUCCGAGCUGUAAAUGCACCAAUUGCCAGAGAAUGAUUGAAGACCUCAAGCCGAAGGAUAAGGAAGUGGCCGAGGAAGGUGCUGAGGGAUCGGACAUCCAAUAA